GCGCUUUGCAAGUAACGGCCAUCGUGCAGGGGGACCUGGUGCUUUGGGAGGUUGAUGCAGGCCUUGGCAGCCAGCUGCAGCAGGGCUUGGUCAUCGAUGGCCACUGGCGCCUACUGGAAAGCGAGUUCUGCUUCAUGAGGGGUUUCGAGUGGAUCUGCCCCGAGUGGGCAUUGCGAUCAUCUGAGUCAGAGGACGCAGUUCUUAUCGGACCCUUCAGCGCCUUCCACACGCGAGCCUGCCUGGCGGUGGCGAGUGCGAGGCAGAAGCUGAUGUCCAGACUUGCUGCAUAUCAGCCAUACAACAAAAUGGCGGAUGCUGUUCUGUACGGUGGACUCGUGGCAUUGACCUACUCGCUCGUGGCCUUGUCGGCGAACUGUAAGCACACAGCGCAAGACGCUGCCGAGUUUGUGCGCUACGACUGUGAGGAGGGCAAGUACAAUCCCGUGGCAUCCCUUUUGCUCACAACCUCCGAAGGAGCUGUGAAGCGCUUGUUUUCCAGGCACGAUGCCAAUGAAAUCCAUUUUAGGAACGAGCUGCUGGCUUUUGUGUCUUACACAAGCCUCAACAUCGGACUGACAGGCGUGCCGGUGCCUUCCGGUAACUUCACCGGCUCCAUGCUGAUCGGGGGGCUGAUUGGACGAAUGAUGGGGGCCCUGGUUCGAGAUUACGGCAAGCCUGGCAUGGCCGUGUCCGGCGUGUAUGCCAUGGUGGGGAGUGCCUCGAUGCUCGCGGGCUUCAAGCAGAUGGCCGUCGCAGUGGUCGUCUUUAUCACGGGAGCCGCCAACGAUCUUGGGCUGGUGGUACCACUGAUGCUGGCAGUCACCAUCUCAUUGCUUCUCAACAAGCUGAUCAACGAAAGAGGUUUUGACGAGGAGCAGAUCUUGCGAAAGGCGAUUGCAUACUUGCCGGCAGAACCCCCACGGUCGAUGGAUCGCACAGUGGCCCUGGAACUAUGUGAUGACCUGCCGCCAGAGGCAGUACUUGCUGCAGAGGUGGAUUUCCGGACGAUCCAGGCUGCCCUACAACAGGACAAGGUGGAUUGCUUCCCAGUCCUGAAGGAGGGUGGUCACUGCAUAGGUUUUACAACUCGCGCCCGCUUGCAAGCAGCCGCAGAGGUUUGGCAGGCAUCGGGAUUUAUGGAUGCCUCCGAUCGGGGAGCUGCUUCGUCCCUGAAGGAGGCAGUGUCUGAUGGGGGUGGCGAGCAGAUGGGCAAACUGGUUUCCGCUGCCGUUGCAAGGGAAUCGAGCUUUACGGGCACCGUUCUGCCAGUGAAGCGCCUGACUGAGCGACAUCCCUACACUAUCCUCGAG